GAUAUUAAUGGGAAUGGGAAUUGUAGGUGUGUGAAAUUGCAAGUUGAGUUGGAGAGUUGGGAGAGUUGAGAUCGUAUGUAUGUAUGUAUGUAUGUAUGUAUAUUUCAAUCCCAGCUGUGGAUGGAUGUGCAAAGGUAGGUAGUAGCUGUUGGGUGAUGAGACCAAGCGGAGUGGAGUGGAGUGGACCAUCCUCAGACUGAUGGAUUCCUCCUUCUACAGUCGCCUCUCUAGAUAUUUCGAUUCAGGAUAAUCCAUCCACAUCAUCCAUUCAUGCAUUCUUUUAAUUCCUUGCUUUGUAAAUUCCAACUUCUUUUCGGGGCUUUUUCUCAAACAGCCCUCCCUUUUUGUUUUCUUUCGAUAGAUGGUUUUAACCAUUAUUUUAUUUCUGUUUUGGGUUCAUCUAAAUUUCUGGUCUGGAUGCUUUCUCUCUCUCCCAGUUUAUUUGCUGUUAUCAGGCUGCUAGCCUGCUUCUAUUUCUCUUAGUGUUUGUAAAUGUGUAUGCUGAUGUAAACUCUGCAGUAAAAUAUGCAAUCAUAGUAAAUUCCCCUUACCUUCUUUUGUCAAUCUUCACUUUUUGGUAAAAUACUGACAAAUACGUACACGCACAUGCACACGCACAGAGGAGGGGAGGAGAGAGAAGGGGAGAACAAGAGGUGAAACAAGCAAGGUGGCUCGCGUACUCAAGGGUUUUACAGCAUUUUGCUGGUUACUAUUAUCGCUAUUGUGAGUGGAACAAUGAUUGGGAAAAAAAGGAUGUACAGGGAUUGGGGAAGGAGUGAUGAUAUGGAUUAUGGUGGUUUUAUUGUUUGCUUAAAUAGAGGGAUAAGAAUGCUGUGAAAAUUGAGUUUGAAAAGAGUGGGUCGCUUGAGAAUAGCAUAUAACUCCUUGUGGGCCUGCGCUGUUAAAACUGUUGAUAUCCCUAUCAGUGGUGGUGGGGAUGGGGCUGCUGCUCAGAAACUGGGAUUUUUGCUUUCUUACAUUUCAAAGACUUGAAGGUUUUUUCCUCUCUGUUUGGUUAUUUCGUGGUCUGUUUCAUAUUUCACAGAGUCACCAACUCAGAAAACUCCAAUUCUUGAAUUGUGGAGCAAAUCGCCAUUGAAAUCUUAACUGAGUUUCUCUUGCUUAGCGUCUUACGCUCCGUUUCCUGUAAUUUAGCCCGCCAUCAAAGAAGUUGUUAGCUGUAAGUUGUAACCAACUAUUGAAAUCAUUUAGAUCCAAUUCCCAAGAACAAUUGUAGAUUCUUGAUAGUCUGAGACUCGGUGACUGGUGCAGCAUAAAUUGUGGAGGAGGUUGCUAUAUUUAUUCUACUCUUCUUCCAGUGUGAAAUAUUUGGAUAGUGGAGUCAAACAGAGAUUAGACAGAUGACUGUGGAGGAAGUGGUCAGUAGCUCCUUAUGGACUCGAGAGCAGGAUAAGUCAUUUGAGAAUGCCCUUGCAACUUAUCCUGAGGAUUCUUCAGAUCGGUGGGAGAAAAUUGUAGCUGAUGUACAUGGGAAAACCCUAGAGGAGAUAAAACAUCAUUAUGACCUCUUACUUGAGGAUUUAACCCAGAUCGAAGCUGGUGUUGUGCCGCUGCCUUGCUACAAUUCUUCAGAGGGUUCAACUAGCCAUGCCAGUGAUGAAGGAACCAAUAAGAAAGGUGGACAUUCUGGAAACUAUAGCAGUGAAUCUAAUCAGGGAAGUAAGGCUUCAAGGGCAGAUCAGGAACGCCGAAAGGGGAUUGCUUGGACAGAGGAUGAGCACAGGCUAUUUCUUCUUGGCUUGGAAAAAUAUGGGAAAGGUGACUGGCGAAGUAUAUCUCGGAACUUUGUGGUAACAAGAACUCCUACGCAAGUGGCAAGCCACGCACAAAAGUAUUUUAUACGCUUGAAUUCAAUGAACAAGGACAGGAGGCGAUCAAGCAUUCAUGACAUCACCAGUGUCAACAAUGGAGAAAUUUCAGCAGCUCAAGGGCCGAUCACUGGUCAGGCAAAUGGUGCCGCAGUAGGUUCCUCUGGCAAGUCCCCCAAACAAUCUCCUGCUGGGCCCCCAGGGGUUGGCAUGUACGGUGCACCGAGUAUAGGGCAGCCAAUUGGAGGACCCCUUGUCUCAGCUGUUGGCACACCUGUGAAUCUCCCUGCUCCCCCGCACAUGACAUAUGGCGUUAGAGCCCCGGUACCUGGAGGAGUUGUUCCUGGUGCACCAAUGAGCAUGGUUCCGAUGACAUAUCCAAUGCCUCAUAGUUCGCAUAGGUAAUGUGAUAUAGAGCAGCAGCAGCUUCAGGAAUCAAAAUCAUCUAGUGUACAAAGAGGAGGAGAAAACUUAUAGCUUGUGCUCUUGGUUGGGGUUAAUUAGGAUCAUAGUGCUCCGAGCCUGAAUGUUUUACUUAUUGGCAAAGCACAAGUGCAAGUGGUAGGUGGAUGAUCUGUCGUUGCUUGUCUAUUCUUGUUGGAAUAAGCCAUUUAUUUGAUUGGGUGGGGGGCGAAGAAUGGCAUGAAUCUGUACAGGCAAAUUCUGAAACAGAUGAUGGCAUGGAAGCAAAGCAAUAUUUCUUUAGUGGCGAUUACAAGUCCAGUCUACUAGUGUAGCAUUCAAGGCAGUGACCCUUUUUACAUGUUAUACUAGCAUUGUCUCUGCUAUAAAAAUUUAUUUAUGUAAAAUCUUGUUUUCGGACUUGUUAGUGAUUGCCCAAAGUUUGUGAAUUGCGAGUUACAUUGAUGUGAAAAUAUGUUGGAAUUUUAUUUUUUCAA